AUGGCAAAACAAUUUUACAAACAUCAAAACCAAGGACAGCAGAAAUGUGACGCGUAUAGUAGACAAGUGGUCCAGAAGGUGGACGCGUCCCUACUACUGUUAAACGACGAGGGAGUGUCUGUGGCGGCUACAAGAUGCCAUUACACUAGCGUCGAGUUGAUUGUUGGCGGUGAAGACGCUAAUAGAGGUGAAUUUCCACAUAUGGGCGGCUACGACUUCAACUGCGGCGGCGCCCUCAUCAGCACCAAGUACGUGCUGACGGCGGGGCACUGCAGCAGCGACCCGCGCGCGUACGCGCCCGCGCCCGUCGUGGCGCGCCUCGGGGACCAGAACAUCGACCCCGCGGUCAACGACGGAGCCGACCCUGUUGAUGUUCCCAUAAGGCAUAUACAUAAUCAUCCAGAAUACAAGCCACCAGUUAAAUAUAAUGACAUAGCGUUAUUAGAAUUAGCAUCAGACGUAGAAUUCGAGGACGCUAUUAGACCUGCCUGCCUGUGGACGCAGCCUGACUUCGGAAAUAACCAUAAUGGCAUCGCUACAGGAUGGGGUGUCAAUAACACGUUGACAAAGACGACAUCUAAGGAGCUCCAAAAAGUUUCUCUCUCGUUAUUAGACAACGAAUUUUGUGAACCGCUUCUAGAACAUACUAAGAACAGAAAUUGGAAAGGCUUCGUUCGGGAGCAGAUGUGCGCGGGGGAGCUUCGUGGGGGGAAGGACACCUGCCAGGUUCAUAUCUUUACAUAUUAG